CUCCCGAUAAACUCAACCCCGACAAUUCAUUGACAGCUCCAGUUCGGAGUACAGUUGCAUCUGGCUCAACUCACCCACGAUCAAUUUAAAUCUUACCUUUACUCUAGUUCUCGUAUAUCUUGAUUUCAAUCAGCAGACUACCUAUUUGUGACUUCCACCAGGUUCCUCGUUCCGUCUCAAUGCCUGCUCCCACCUUAACGGCCUCCCCGCCGCGUCUCCGCGUGUCUGCCGCUCCUCUCACGGCCGAAGGCUUCGCGCCCUUUGGAACUGUCAUCUCUAGUCCUCUACCGCGCAACAUAACGACUGCACCGCAGCAUCCCUCUGCCUUUAUCCCGCCACAUGGUCCUGCUCCGGUGUUGGCAAACCAGGGCUCCGCACUGAAAUACAGUCCCAUCUCCCCGCUCCAAGAUGGAUACACAGGCACUUGCCCAAGUGGCAAGGCGGCUUCUGCAAGAAUGAGCAUGUUCUCAUGCUUCCCGCGAAAACUGAGGUCACUAGACGACAAAUCUUCUUCGGAAGUCCAACUGAACGGAUCCUCAGCAGUAUUUGACGUUCGGAUACUUGAGCGCCACCCUUUCACGACACAAACAUUUAUCCCAAUCGAUCUAUCCAGCAAAACCUAUGCGGGCGGCCAGGAAGAGCCGAGUUUCCUGGUCAUAGUUGCCCCGACAUUGAAGGGAGAAACUGCAUCGGCUACAGAUGGAUCUGGAAAGACAGUUUCGAUCAAUGAUCCUCCAGAUCUGAAUAAUAUCAAGGCAUUCAUUGCGCGUGGAGGUCAAGCGGUCACCUACGGAGCGGGGACAUGGCAUGCACCUAUGGUAGUCCUGGGUCAGCGCAGGGUGGAUUUUGUAGUUGUGCAGUUCGUCAAUGGCGUCGACGAGGAGGAUUGUCAGGAAGCAGCUUUUAAGGAAGGGGUUAUGGUUGAGCUGAGAGCAGAUGGGGGCGUUACGAAAGGGCUCUGGCAACCUUCUAAAUUAUAGAAUGUGGGGUCGUCGGAUAUACAUAUGAAUCGAAAUUGUUAAUGCGGGGGUUGAGGAAUAGACAGACAUCAAUAGGUCACUAUGCUUCUGCACCAUUCAAUAUUCGACAUAUAUAUUGAAAUCUGUCGGAGCGUGCCUACAGCCAGACCUCUGUCAGGUACACUUCUAGCUCCACCCACAGAGAUAAAUAAGCUGGGCUAGUUGCUAGAGAAUUCAAGAUCAGCGAGCUUCGCUCCGGAAAAUCGAUUAAACCAGCAUAUACUAUCGAGCGAUAUACGGUCUUGUCUUGUAUAAUUAC